AUGGCGUCUAGAUUUUUUGCGGUCCUUGCAUUGGUGCUCCUGGUGGGUACAUCUGCCGAUGCGGCGUCUCAGGCGUACAGGAGAUGCCCGGAGCGUCAAGGCUCGUGUCUCGCCUGCCCCACCACCGAGUCCCUCCCAACCAUCGCCACCUACAACGGCGUGCAACUCGGCGGCUAUCUCGCUCACCCGUCCGCCACCGACAGCGGGCCGCAAGGCACGCUGCUGAAUCCCGAGGACACGAAUACCGCGUUCAUGCCGAUCCAGAGCUGCUGCGCCAAGUGCCUUGCGAACGAUAGGUGUGCCUACUGGCACUGGUACCAGAAGCAGGACACCACGGACGGUCGCUGCGCGCUGUUCGACGACUCGCAGUGCAGCUUCGGAAACUACGGCAAGUUCCGCGUGUACUCGUCGAUCAACAUCUACGCCUUCAAGCGCUGCGGCGCUCCCGUCACCCCGCCACCCGCCGCCAACACAUCUUGCCCCACCUUCACCUGCACCGGCUCCGCGCCGUCCGCCACGGACAAUCUCAGCACCUUCCCCGGCGCGCAGGCCGGGCGGAUCUACGAGAGCUACUCGCCGGCGACGGGGCCGACGCUGGUGGCGGAUAAGGGCCUGGUGUCGGUGACGGAAUGCUACAACACGGCGGCCAACAUGUGGCAAGAAGACGUCAAGUAUUUCACGUGGGAGCGCAGCUCCAACGGCCUCGGUCGCUGCCGUUUGCUGUCAUCGCAGGCUUGCAACUACCAAUCACCCGAUGGGAACGCUGGCACUCCAGUGUUUAGUCCGUCCGCGCCUGGCACCUACUCACCCGUCUGGGUUCUCCAUGCCGCGCGCCACGACGGCGGAAAGCGCGCGACGCCCCCUGCACGCCGUGAUUCCGCCAUUGCGGGAGCCGCGGACUCCGCAAGGCGGCGGUCCGCGCGCGCCAAGAUCACGUGGGGGCGACCGAGACCCAGCGAAGCCGGCGUAAGGCGGCGCACUAGCAGCGCCGCAACUGGCGGCGGAGGCCGGGCGCUUAGUCCGAGCCGCGGCAGGAUCGAGUAUCCGGACGGCGGCGUUUUCAGCGUGGACGGCGAGGAUGACGAGGACAGCGUGUUUCACUCCGUUGUCAUUCCCAGCCCUCGCGCGACGCUCGAUACGCUCCAUCUCGCCGCGUCUGCCGCCGCAAACGCCACUGUCAGCCCUUCACCCGCGUCCUCCUCAUUCGCAGAACCGCCAGGACCGGACUCUUCGGCGCAAGCUGCGGGUACUGCUUCUGCUGCCGCUGCAGCUCCUCCUCCGCCGUCCACGUCAACCGCGCCUGCCACGUCAGCCACGUCUGUUGGCUCCGCUGGCCAUUCCCGGGGCGCUGUGGGCAAGAAGAAAAGCCGCCUGGCGAAAGGCAAGGCCGCCGUUUCGGGAGGGACGGGGGGCGGCGGCUUCAGCGAGCGACCGGUGAUAGAUGAGAUCAAGAAGGUGGUGUCGGGUGGUGGUGACGAGCCGCACUACCGGCACAGCCCGCAGGAGUACGAGAUCUGGCAUAUCGACGAUGAAGGGAAGCGGGUCAUGGAGAAGCUUGAAAAGCUUGAAAAGCUUGAAAAGCUUGAAAAGCUCGAGAAGCUCGAGAAGCUCGGUCACAAAGCUGAUGGAAGGGCAGUGGAAGGGCAGGCUGUGAACGGGCAGAGUAGCAAGCAGAAGGCGAAGGAUCAGGUGGUUUCCGGGCAGUUGAACGGGCAGGUGGUGAAUGGGCGGCUGGGAGUCGUUGUCCCGAGCGAAGCUGACAGCAGCGGCGGCUCAAGUGGCGCCGCGAGUGCCGCUACAGAGGAAAGCGAGGCGACUCGCAGCAGCAGCAGCAGCGGCGGCGGCGGUGGCAGCGGGAGAGCUAGCAGUGUAAGUAGCAGCAGCCGCACCACCACCACCACCAGCAACAGCGGUCGCGACGGCGAGGAUGAGCGGAGCGGCGGCGCGGGCGGGUCGGUGGCGCUGGGGCGGACGUGGUGGGAGGCGGCGUCCGCUGCGGCGACGCGACCAGCGCUGCAGCAGGAGCUGAUGACCCUGGCCAAAGAACCCGUCUACCAGGUGCUGGAGGUGAACGGACGCGGCGAUGUGUGGCAACGGGAAGCGAGCCGACGACAGCUGCUCAAGAUCAGUGGGCUGACCCAGCGGGACGUGAGGCGCAUUGACCCCUCGCUGUGGGUCACCAACUCCAUGCCCGCCAUCCUUGUGCGGGACAGCGCCAUUCUGCUGAAUCUAGGGUCGCUGCGAGCCAUCUCCACAGCACACACCGUCCUCAUAUUCGACUACAACAGUGUGGGAGCGCAGUCAUUCGUGGAGGUGCUGCUGGAGCGCCUGCGCCUGGAUGCUGACGUGUCCAUCAGUGGGGGACCUGCUGUGCCCUUCGAACUCGAGGUGGUAGAAUCAGCCCUCAUCUCCCGCACUCAACGCCUGGAGAGUGCCCUAAUGGACAUAGAGCCGCGCGUGCUCUCCCUGCUCGAAGUCCUCCCCAACCGUCUCACGGCCGACAAUCUAGAGGAGCUGCGGCUGAGCAAGCAGGCGCUGGUGGAGCUGGGGUCCAAGGCGGGCGCGCUCAGACAGAUGCUGCUGGAGCUGCUGGAACACACGAAUGAGCUGCGGCGGAUUACUGCUAUAGAUAGGCAGUGCCGGGUCAACAAGGACGGCGCUUUUGAGUGCCCCACCGCUGCCGACACGCUGCUGGCUGAAGAGGAGGAGCAGGAGAUAGAGAUGGUGUUUGAGUACUACCUGCAGAGGUGUGAGUCGUGCCAUGGGCAGUCGGAGAAGCUGCUGGACUCAGCCAAGGAGAUGGAGGACUCCAUCGCUGUCAACCUCAGUUCGCGGCGCUUGGAGGUGGGGCGGUUGGAGCUGUUGCUGCAGGUGGGCACAUUCGCUGCAGCGCUGGGAGCACUCAUUGCAG